AUGUCGCACAAGAACGGAACUAGUGACAGAAUUAAAGCUCUAUCAUUAUUCAUCGCACAGAAUGCUACCCAAGUUUCCGAGCUUCAGUUGGGUUCAAAGCCUGAUCUAACGAGCGGCGAACUGGAAAAAAUGACACAAGCUGUUUCUGAUGCGUGUCGAGAGCUGGAAGCUCUUCUGACUGAGCCUCAUGAGUGGCUAGCGCAGGUUGCAUGGGGUUACAUGGAUUCUGUGGCUCUCUCUAUAGUCUUGGAGAUGAAUAUCCACCGCCACAUUCAAGCGGGAGACAGCCAAACCUCGCUCGCUCAAUUGGCAGAUAUUACAGGUGGUUCAAUUGAUCUGAUCAAAAGGAUAAUGCGGCAAUGUGUGAAACGAUCGAUCUUCGAAGAAGUCGAGCCAGAACUAUACCGCCACAACAACCGCUCGAUGUGUCUUCUCCAUCAUGAGUUUGCUUCCCUGAUGCAUUAUCUGGUCGACGAUGGGCUUCUGUGUGGGGCUCACUUAGCGCAGAGCACUUUGGAGAACAACCUACAGAUCCCAAGUGAUCGGCGCCUUUCGGCGUUUCAACUUGCAUUCCAAACUGAUAAAACACUGUACGAUUACUACCACACCGUUGAUCAGAAACGGGGACGUCGUUUCGCCGAUGCGAUGGCAGGACAUUACAACACACCCCUUGAUGAACCAAUUGAAACUAUCUUCCCAUUCAGCACUUUGAACCGCAAUUCGUUAGUUGUUGAUGUUGGGGGCGGAAAUGGACAACACUCGUUGCGACUGGCCGCCAAGUUCCCUGGCAUGCGUUUUGUUGUGCAAGACCACACAAGUGUGAUUCAGAGCGCCCAAGGUACCGUCCCUGCAGCCAUAGCGGGAAGAAUACAAUGGCAGCUACAAGAUAUGUACUCUCCUCAGCAAGUGAAAGGGGCAGAUAUCUACCUUCUCAGCCAUGUCUUGAUGGACAACACAAACGAUGACUGCGCCACUGUAAUAAGGCAUAUAACGAAAGCUAUGAAACCGGGGAUCUCGAAAAUCCUUGUCCAUGAUUUCGUGAAUCCUGCAAAGGGCGAAUACGCAUCGCCAUUCUUGAAUCUACUAGAUCUUCACAUGGUUGCAAGCUUGAAUACAUUCUCUCGUUCGUACCGGGAAUGGUUACAGAUGUUCCAUAGUGCCGAUCCUCAGCUGUCCCUCCAAAGAUUCUGCGCCGGUCCAAAAAAUUCGGCAGUUUUUGAGUUCCUCCUAAAUUUUAGGUCUCAUACCGAUUGA